AUGGGGUUAGCUGCCACCAGAACCAAACAGAGGUUUGGAUUAGACCCUAGAAAUACGAACUGGAGUAAUGACACUUCAAGAUUUGGUCAUAAACAUUUGACCAAAUUUGGUUGGAAACCAGGUAUGGGCCUGGGGCAUCAACCUUUUGACUCCAUGGUUUCACAUAUAAAAGUUUCCAUCAAAGAUGAUAACACGGGUUUAGGUGCUAAGAUCAAGAAGCGUAAUAAGGAUGAUGUCUUUGAUUCGGAGGAUUCAACAGGAUUAGACGUAUUUCAAAGGAUUCUAGGUAAAUUAAAUGGUAAUGAAAGCAAAAUUGAUGCAGAAUUAGAGAUUCAAAGAAAAGAGAAAAUAUUACAUGGGAGGUGGGGCAUUCACUUUGUGAAAGCUGAUAUCUUAGCCAGUACAUGGGACCCAAAAACUAAGGCUUUAAAAAGUUAUUCUAAUACCAAAUCUUCGAAAAAGAGAAGUAGGAGUGAUAAGAAUGAUAAAGAAAAUUCUAAGAAACAUAAAAAGCAUAAAAAAUCUGAAGACAAAGACGAUACCAAAAAGCAUAAAUCGAAGAAAUCAAGACAUGCUAAUGAUUCCAACAAAGAGAAGAAGAAGAAGUCGAAAGGUGAACAUACCUCCAAAAACCACAAGAAAGAAAAGAAACACAAAAAGGAGUCCAGGUCAUUAGAGGCGAGUGAAACGGCAGCCGUUAUGCCGGAAGCUGUAACUACGAGAUUGUCGGUUCGCUCCAGAUGGAUCAAACAGAAAAGAGCUGCUACCAUGGACGCAAAAGCCCUCAAUGAAAUUUUCAUGAUAACUAAUUCAUAA